UUUACUAUUUUGUGCCGUUUGCCUACACGUGGCUACAGCUUCCGGGCCAUGCAAAGACCUGGAUGUGGCAGGCUGCGAGAGAAAUCCACAUCUCUGUAAUGACCAACUCCUGGCAGAGUUCACUUGUCCCGUUACGUGCAACAAAUGCCCAACCGUUCCCCCCUCGACGCCAGCUGCCACGACAGCUGAUUGCUCGGACCUGCUGAAGAGUGGUCGUUCUUGGCCGUCUGGCGUUUAUUCGAUGGUCACAUGGCAGACACACACAGAAGUGGACGUUUUCUGUGAUAUGGAAACUGACGGUGGUGGCUGGACUGUGUUGCAACACAGGGUCAAUGGAAGUGUAGACUUCUACCAGAAUUUUAACAGCUACGAUAACGGAUUUGGAUCGCUCCAUGGAGAGUUUUGGCUAGGUUUGCGGUAUCUGAGUGAAAUGACAUCACGGCGGAACAACACGUUACGUGUAGACCUGCAAGCUCCAGAUGGAUCGAGGAUAUAUGACGUGUACGAGGGAUUUAGCGUUGGACCUGGUUUAGACUAUACGUUACAUCUUGGCAAAUCAAUCGACUCGUUACACUUGCACCAAAACCUACUAGCAUACCACUCCGGCCACCCGUUUACCACCUACGAUCAACUUCGAGGCAACCACUGCGCUGUCGUCUCCCACGGUGGAUGGUGGUACUAUAACUGCUAUACUGCUAACUUGAAUGGACACUACUUCGUUCCCGGGACUUCCAAUAACACUGCGAUGGAAUAUAGUUCACUUGCUUAUAGCAUAAGCUUAAAAGAAAGUAAAAUAAUGUUUAGAUAAGACUCCCAUUCCUGAGAAACUAAUACAAACAAACAAACAUGGUUCGCACGUGUAUAACCAUAUGUUUAAUAAACUAUGCGCUGUU